CUUGCGUCAUGUCCAUACGCAUCCCCUUCGUUGGCACCUUCAUCUGCACCGUCGCCCCUCCCCCCGAAGCUCACAUCCCCCCAAGACGUACCCCCUCCGGUAACUGGGUCCUCUCCUCCUCCCCUGCCCCUCCCUACUACUCCGAAACACUCGACCUCGAGAAUUUUGGCUACAACAGCAUGCUCACCGCCCUUACCGAACCCGGCCGUCCGCGCGAGUACGCCGACCCCCGCGAACUAGCGGCAGGGGCACGCGAGCUCGGUCUCCCCAAUCCUCUCCCCAUGUACUGCCACGAAGCCGAUGAGCCGAACGAGCCUGACACGAUAGCCAAAAAGCUAUUCAUCUUUGGGUUCAUGUUCCCCCUGCUGUGGCUCGUCGGUGCUUGCAUCCUCUGCGUUCCCCUGCACGCAUACCCGCUCCCCCCAACCUCUCCGGACCAUCCCGACAACUCAGCGACCACAUCUCCCACCUCCGAGUCCUCGGCACCAGAGUACACCAAAGACCCCCGUCCAGCGAACCUCGAUACCGUGUGGACGCAGCCGCUGAUCGACCUCUACGGACGCGCAGAGCGCCAUUGGGCCUGGAGGUGUGUCUGGGCGCUGACGUCGCUCUGCUUGCUCGGGACGACUAUUGCGUGCGCACUGAUGGGCAUGCGGGUGAUCUAG